AUGUCGCGGGAGUUCGAGCUGUGCCCCGGGCGCCGCAUUGGCGGGGAUCAUCCAUGCUUCAUCAUCGCGGAGAUCGGGCAGAAUCACCAGGGCGACCUGGCCAUCGCCAAGCGCAUGAUCCGCAUGGCCAAGGACUGUGGAGCAGACUGUGCGAAGUUCCAGAAGAGUGAACUGGAGUACAAAUUCAACAAGAAAGCCUUGGAAAGGCCCUAUACUUCUAAACACUCCUGGGGAAAGACCUAUGGGGAACACAAACGCCACUUGGAGUUUAGUCACGAGCAGUAUAGAGAGCUGAAGAAAUAUGCAGAGGAGAUUGGCAUUUUCUUCACAGCUUCUGGCAUGGAUGAGAUGGCUGUUGAAUUUUUACAUGAACUGGAUGUUCCGUUUUUCAAAGUAGGCUCAGGAGAUACAAACAAUUUUCCAUAUUUGGAAAAGACUGCAAAGAAAGGUCGCCCAAUGGUGAUUUCCAGUGGGAUGCAGUCGAUGUACACAAUGCAUCGGGUCUAUGAGAUUGUGAGGCGCAUCAAUCCCAACUUCUGCUUCCUGCAGUGCACCAGCGCAUACCCGCUGCAGCCAGAGGAUGUCAACCUCCGUGUUAUAUCGGCAUAUCAGUCAGCUUUUCCCGAUAUCCCCAUUGGUUAUUCGGGACACGAAACUGGCAUAGCCAUUUCAGUGGCAGCUGUGGCUAUGGGUGCUAAAGUAGUGGAACGCCACGUGACUCUCGACAAAACAUGGAAAGGAAGUGACCACCAAGCAUCUCUGGAGCCAAACGAACUGGCGGACUUGGUGAAAGCCAUCCGUACUGUGGAAAAAGCCAUGGGUUCUCCAGUCAAACAGCUCCUGCCCUGCGAAAUGGCUUGCAACGAAAAGCUGGGAAAAUCUGUUGUGGCAAAAGUGACAAUUCCUGAAGGUACAGUACUGACCUGUGAGAUGAUGACAGUGAAGGUGGGAGAGCCUAAGGGAUUUCCCCCAGAAGCCAUCUUUGACCUAGUGGGAAAGAAGGUUAAAAAAUGUAUUGAAGAAGAUGAAACUAUCACUGAGGAAGCAAUGGAAAAUCAUGUCAAGAAAGUGAAGUGCUAA